CGCAUCAUUCGAUCCUCUUCCGCCACGAAUUGAUCCCCCAAUUCAACCCCAACAAUGCCUCCCCGAAUACCGCUCCCCCGGCCGGCCCGCGUCCCACUCAGAACCGUCCCCAAGACAGCAAGGCGCACCCUCAUCGCCGCCCCCAAAGCCACCUCGGGCCCCCUCCUCGAGCGCCGCGCCGACCGCGCCCUCCCCACGCUCCCAACGCGCUGGGGCUGGCUGCGCACCCUGCCCAUUUUCGCCGUCAUCGUCGGCGGCUCCUGCCUCGCCAUCUUCAAUUACCAGAAGCAGUCGUCGUCCGUCACGACGUCGACGCUAUACGCGCUGCGCACGAACGCCGAGGCGCGGGAGAUCCUGGGGGACGAGAUUUACUUCCGAGAUCGGAUUCCGUGGAUCAGUGGGGAGCUGAAUCAGCUGCAUGGGCGUAUUGAUAUUAGUUUUGGGGUGAAGGGGACGAAGCAGGGAGCUGUGAUGCGGUUUAGGAGCGAGAGGCGGGGACGGAUGGGGUUUUUUGAGACGCUGGAGUGGAGCCUAACGACUGAAGAUGGGCAGGUGAUACAGCUGUAUAAGCCUGAAGGUCCGGAUCCGUUCAAGAAGAUCACGUCGAGGGAUGAUGAAGACAAAUAUACGCAUUGAGGAACUUCUCGUGUUAAGGCAUGGGAAGUGUAAAAUGUACAUUAUGGCAUUGGGCAGGCGUUUGGGCCAGCUGACUCUUGACUCU